AUGGAUCGCCCUGAACAAGACAGAGAGGGUGGCGAUGAUUUACCCACCUAUGACGAUCUCGCAGAGCAGAAUGGUCCCAAUUCAAGGUUUGGACGAUGGAGAGGCUGGAUAGAAAAACGAGCGGCUGAGAGGUACGCAGAUGUCACUCCAGAGGACCUCCAUCGUAGGAGGCAGCGAGGUUGGGGGAACCAAAACACAGCCCAACCAGCGCAAGACAUCCAAGGGCUGAACAUACCCAUCAUCCUCAACCAACCACCCACACCCACACCCUCAUCAUCCCAGCCCGGCCCUUUUCUUCAACUUCAGACAGACUUCAACGUCCCAGUUCCAUUACCUAGUCCCCCACUCUAUCCCGACGAAGAUGAUGAGCCACAUCCACUGGUCGGACAGCCUCUAGCACCCACCCACCUGACAUUCAACGAAAUCGGCUCACGGUUUCUCCCUCAUACGACCUCCCCUAUACGAACAUUACUUCCUUUACUAGGCGACAAACUCUUAUUGAUAGGUCAUGAUGACGGUCUCUCAGUCCUCAACAUGUUCCCCCAAGAGUGGUCAGACACAGGUCUUCGGACCAAAGGACCGAGCGAAGCGGAAGCUCAUCGCAUCUGGGACGGUGAAGGGGUUUACCAGAUGUCUAUCCUCGAGGUGGAGGAUACGGGAGAAAGUACACCGCAAGGCGUCCUUCUGGCGCUAGUUGGCCCUGAGCCAGAGAAUGAACAGGAGUCUGUGCGCACGCUGCGCAUGUACAACCUGGCUAGUAUCAUCAGUUUAGCGAAAUGGACAAUCUCGCAGAAGGGCGCAAGGCCUGUAGACCUGCGACGCCCAGCGACGUGGCACCCCCAACAAACCCCUCCGAAGAAGCAUAGACCUCAGAGUAGCUUAGCCAAGGGUUUGAAGUCCCUCAUGGUGGAAGGAUCCGCACAUAACCGCGAAAGUCAACUCGAGCCCUCAUCGUCGUACCAGAAGAUGCUAUCACCUACUUCACCCAAACGUCCUUCUCUACCGAAACGGGCAAGCUCCAGUGAUUCGGGUUGGGAUGUCGUCGACGACCUUCCACUGCGUUGGGCCACCGAUUAUGUACCGCUGGCAUCGGCUAGUUCUCGACUCAUCAAUACUUCUGUGCUAUCGUAUGCACUGUGGCGAGAUGACCGGACUGCUCGAGGUGGCGCCCUUUUGGCAGUGGCGACAAAGUCUAGUAUCCUACUGUACGAAUCUCCGAAGGGAGAACGAGCAUUCCGAUUUGUCAAGGACUUUUAUACGCCACUGACACCGCGAAAUAUCACAUUCAUACUACAAAAUGCACCAGAUACCAUCUCCCGCAGCCCCUCAGACGUCACCGGCACCUCGAAAUAUUCCUCAAACCAACACGGCCAUGCUCGAACAUCCUCGUCUAGCACCACCCUCGGUCGCCACCGACGAAACUCCAAUUCCCAACGCGCCUUCGUAUUCGGAAACCAACUCACCCUGUUCGUCCUCUUCGAGAAGAAAGCGGGCAUGAUACGGCUCGCAGACUCUGCCGUAGGCGAAGUCGAGCUCUGCGACCCCGGCGCUGCGAUGUCGAGGGAUGCCCUCUCCUUGGCACCGUCGACAAGUUCUUCAUCAAAUCGACGAAACAGGUCCUCAUUCGAUGGGUUCGGAUUCACGAAGGAGAUCAAAGGUCUUUGGAGUCCACCCUCGCGUGCGGACCUUCCGCUCGCACCAAAUCGAUACGACGUCAAUCAGCCGGUCUAUUUCCUCACUCGAGGAAAGAAAACACAUAUCCUUCCUUGUCCCCUCCCCACCAACCUCCAAACCGUCCCUCCUCUCAAAGUGCUCACCUGGAAUUCACCUCCGACGUACGUCAGCCAUCGCGUUAUGCAGCCAGAGACAAGAGGGGGAAGUCCAUGCCUUCAGCUCAUCGCGUUCGGCGAGGACGGUCUGGAAGUCCAGGAGACCUCGCUAUCUUUCCUUUCGGAUCGAAAGGAGAAGGGCCGUGCGGAGGAACCUUUACGUUCGCAGACAGAUUUCGGAGGGGAUAUGGGAUAUCUCUGUGCUGGGGGAUUGUGGCACCGCCCGUAUGACGCACCGCUCACUCGUUCCUACUCUACGAGUAGCUAUACCUCCACGGUCUCGUGGGACAGCAUGGACACGGAGGAGCUCAUGGCCAGGAUCCAAGGCGAGCAAGGCAUUUACGGCUGGCAGCGGAAAGGCUUGGAGGAUUGGAGGGUGUUCUGGGUAGGAGGGUCAGGAGCAGAGAACACGCCGGGAGGCUCGGACUGA